AUGAAACCAACUUCCAUCUAUAUCAAUUCAAAUGAAGAAAUUAAAACUAGAACAUAUGAUGAAAGUAAAUGUAUUAAACUUAUUCAAAAAUAUAACUUAUUAAUUGAAUGCUAUAGUGAUAAUAAAAGUCUUAUUUUUCCAGGAACUUUGAGUUGUGAAAUUGGAAGAUUAGGAAUGAUGUUAGUUGGUUCAUUUAAAGAACAACACUUUACUGAAAUUAAAAUGAUGAAACAACACUUUAUUGAAUUAGAUAAAAGUAUGAAAAUAAAUCAUUAUUCUUAUAGUGAUGAACGUACAAUAAGAAUGAUGUUGGGUAUUUAUUGUUCAAUUCAAAAAUUAAUUGAUUCAUAUAAAACAGAAUCUCUAGAAACACAAAGUAGAAAUAAAAAGUUAGUAGUUGAUUUUAAUGAAGACCAUUAUUAUACUUUUCAAUAUUUAAUUGGACUCUAUGAACAAUGCAGACUAAAAUUAAAAACAAAUAACAAAUCAUUAAAAGACUUAGACCAUUACCUUCAUCAAAUUCAAAUGGAGUUUAGGUUUUCUGAUAAUGAAAUUUAUGAAUCAUCAAAUUCAUUUGAAAGGUUUAUUAAAAGUUUAUGUGAUGGAGUUUAUGGAAACAAUGAUGAAAAAAAUAACUUUCUCGCAACCCAACGAAUUUUAGAUUAUUGUAAUAUUAAUUUUCCUUCUUUACAAAAUAUUUGUUUAGUUUCAAAAGAAGACAAAACCCCAUCAAUCAGUGAUGAUAAAAAAUAUAAUUUUGAUUGGAUGAAUGAAGUAAUGGAAUCUUUUCAUUCUAAGUAUUAUGAAAAUAUUGUAUCUAUUAUAUCGUAUUAUGACCUUAUUAGUGUAAAUGAUUUUGAUUUAUUUUUAAAUCUUCAUACGAACAAUAAGAAUAUUAUUUUACUUCAUGAAUGGAUUUCACAUAUUCAACAAAUUCAAUUCACAAUAGAGAUGAUUGUUUGUUCUUAUGGAAAGAAUUCAUUUAAAAGAAUGCCAUAUUACGUUAAAUCAAUGAUUGAAGUUUCUAAUUGUUUCUCAUGUAUUUUAGCAGCUGUAACAAUCAAUAUGAUUAUUAGAAUUUCUUCAGAACGUACUAUUUCACCUUCAAUUAAAUUAUAUAAUUUAUCACUUGCUUUAGUAUUACAAGAAAUUGUAAAGAUUCUAAUCCCUUUCACUUCAAAUUUUAAAAUGCCAAAUAAGAAAAUUGAUGAAGUUAUCAGCCAAAGUCUUCGUCCUCUUUCAAUGCCUAAAUGUAAUCCACCAUUAUACUCAUUUGAAAGAAUUCGUUUAGAAGAAUAUAAAUCAAUAAUUAAGUCAUAUCUGGAUCAAAAAACAUCAUUAACACCAAUGAAUGUUAUGAAAAUACAAAGCUAUGCUAUUUAUCUCAGAGUUCAAUAUGGAUUUGAUCCUUCAACUAUUUCUUUGUUAUCAGCCUUAGAUGAAAUAACUACUUCUUAUGAAUAUUUUGGAUUUUUACCUUCAAUUCUUACUUUUAUGCAAGGUGUCCUUCCUCUCAUAAACCAAUCUCCAGCUUGUUGUCUUGGUUAUGCCCCUUCAUGUCUUGGAAUUUAUGAACCUGAAAAGGUAAUUCUCAACCGAACGAUUUCUAAUCUCACAGUAUCAGAUGGAUUUAAUAUCUCAAUUUUAUUAAAUAACAUCCAUUUAGCCAAUACCCUAUCACUUGUCUAUUCUCAUUGUUUCCAUUAUUGUGAAUUUUCUUCAAUUGAAUUAAUGAAUGGUAUUAAAAAACUAAAUGAAAAUUCUUUUAAAACUCUUAACAUUAAAGAUAUGUAUGGUAUUUCAGUAGAAAAGCAUUUCAUGAAUGUACUUGUUCAUAGAGUAAUUGACUUCUAUGGGAUGCAUUUUAUGGAAAAUGCAUUGUUUCCUCUAUACAGUCACUCUUUAAUUUCUUCUCUGAAUAUUUUAUUCCAUUCCCACCAGAAACAUUUCAAAUUAUCUGGAUUACUUCCAAUAUGCUAUUUUUUAGAAAAGAAAGACUGUACACAAGAAGAGUUAUUAAAAUUAAUAAAUACUCUAAAGACUAUUUUCUGUGAAGAUUGUCAAAUAAAACAAACAGAGAUUGAAUCUUCAUAUUUUGACAAAAAGUUGUCGAAAGCAUAUCUCAAAUCAAUUAUUACUAUAAUUCAAUAA